GCCAUCCGGGUGUUCGGGGGCCGCAAGUGGACCCUCGACGCCAUGGGCGCCGGCUAUCAGUCGACGCCCUCCCAGUGCGACGCCUCCUCCCAGUCCGGCAAACAUCGCGACAACUUUGGCGUCAAUCGGAUUAAGAAGAAGAAGUCUUCGGUGUCUUUGGCGGCCAUUCGGGACAGUAGUCCGCGCGCUGACGCCGACGCCCUGACCGGCGGCACCGGGAGCUCAUCGGCACACCAGAGCCCGUCCCUCCGGCAACGCAUCUAUAAUAUGAAACUCCAGACGCCGUCUAAGCAGCCGGUGGUAGUAGUGGCCGACAAUACUACCGGUGCGGCCGACACCGGGAGUCUACACUCCGUGAGCUCCACCGACAACAACGUCACCACAACUGGUGGUCGCACAGCGGCACCGGUAGACUCGCCGACCAUACACACCAACGCCCUCACCAACCAAUACCGGGACAAGUUUUCGCGGACCUCCACCCGCAGCACCAGUGGGCGGGACCCGCACCGGGCUCUGGACACCGACUACUGUUCCCUCAACGACGCCUACCUCACGCCCAACCGGUCCAUGAAGUCGACGAUCACCCACUCCUCGCAAAUGGAUUUCCUCGAGUUCCAGGAGCUCUUCCGCUCGUUUCUCAUCAGAUCCCGCAAAGAUAUCAAAGACAUCUUCGAGCAAAUCGCCACCAAAUCGGACAUACAUUCGUUCAACGAGACAACCGGCCCCUCGGGGGACACCACCAACAACACGCUCGCAGCGCCGGGAGCCGCGCCCCCCGUCAAAGACAGCGACCUGACCGCGUCGCCCACGAUGUCGACCACGAGCGACAUGUCCUACUACUGCCCCCAGAACUCGCACCAACUCUUAGGACUACUGACCCGGAACUCCACGUACGACCGAAAUGAGGAGACCUAUCAAAAGGCCCGCAUUUUCGACGCCAUCGCCGCCGCCUCCAUAGUGGCCAACAGCUCCGGGAUCGACACUCUCAAGACCCUACUGCUGACGGCCUCAGACUUUCACGCCUUCAUCAUCACAUACCAGUGCGAGAGCCCGACCCUCGACGACGUGAAGGCCCUCAUCAGACGCCAUGAGCCGAAUCCGGCGAUACGGCGGCGCAACUGCCUGUCCUUCGAGGGCUUUGCCAAGUAUUUGAUGGACAAAGACAACUACGCCUACACUCCCGAGCGCCAGGAGAUCCGGGAGCAGGAUAUGAAUGAAUCCCUUUCCCAUUACUACAUGGCCUCCAGUCAUAACACAUACCUUACGGGACAUCAGCUGAAGGGCGAGUCGUCGGUCGAGCUCUACAGUCAAGUGAGUAGUCAUGUAGUCAUUGGCUGUCCCUAUAUCAAGGGAACGGUGCUGUCGACCGGGUGCCGGUGCGUAGAGCUGGACUGCUGGGACGGGGACGACGGCCUACCCGUCAUAUAUCACGGCCACACACUUACCUCCAAAAUCCCAUUCAAAAGGGUCAUCGAAACCAUCAACGAGAAGGCGUUCACCGCCAGCCCCUACCCCGUGAUCCUAUCCCUGGAAAACCACUGUUCCCUCCCUCAGCAGAUAAAAAUGGCGCAAAUGUUUGUCCAGACCUUCGGCGACAAACUCGUCACCAAAUUCCUGUUCGACACGGACUAUACGGACGACCCGCAGCUCCCGUCCCCCAAUCAGCUCCGGUACCGCAUACUCAUCAAGAAUAAGAAACUCCGGGCGCCGGUAACGCCGGCCCUCAACAUGAAAAUGCGGGCCAACACGCUGUCCAAGUCGUUCACCGGUCGCACCAAUAGCCUCAUCUCCACGGCCAGCACCGGGAGUCUCAACGAGGAGGAGGACGACGAGUACGAGGACGAGGAGGACGACGACGAGGGGCUGGACGUCGAUAGCGUGCCCUCGACUGCCAAUCACCACGAAAAGGGUACCGGCGCUGAGAGGGAUACUACCGGUGCUGUCGUUCAACCUCACGCCGAACUACAGGUGACCGUCAGCGGGACGGGCGGUGCGAAAGCGCCGGCAGCUAAGACCGAGUCCUCGUCGAGCCAGGAGUACGGCUCGAGCUAUGGGGGCGACACUCAGACACCCGCCAAACAGCCGUUCCCUACCCGUGCCUAUGGGCUCACGAGUUCACCCCUGGGCUCCCGACCCCGCAGUCAGAAUGAGUCGGAGCACCAGUACGGGGACGGGGAUGGCGUUCCCGAACGGUCGACCCCUAUCGCCAUACACCACAACACCCACACCAAAGUGGUCCGAAAGUCCAGUUCCCAAAUAGCGCCCGAAUUAUCCGAUUUAGUCAUCUAUUGUCAAGCGAUUAAAUUCCGCGGGUUUUUCACGUCUACUGUCAGUCCCACGAACUCAUCCCUUCCCACACCCGUAGUCAAGAAAAUCAACACAAGGAAAGCCAUGUUAGUGUCGGCCAGUAGUUCGCAAUACAGCCCCUCCAUCAUCGGCUCCACCAUUCCGUCCAUGAGUUCGGGCGCCGACUCGGGAAAGGGAUCGGCAGACAUACGGGACGUCAUGUCGCCCACCCCU